AAUGGAGACUUCACCGGCGAACCGUCUUCCCGAAGCGGAUUCUUUGCCCGACGGCUUCGUGGAGGUCUCCGCCGACCCCCCGUCACCGCCUUCCUCCGACUACAAGGACGCCUUGCUCGAUCUCCAUCCCUUCAGCGAGCAGCUCGUAGCUUCGCCGGCGGAAACCCUAACUACGGAUUUUCUGGUCGAUGGGACCGAGAAGCUCGAUAUCUCGGGCGACUUCUUGACGAGAGGGGACAAUGUCGGCGACGGCCCUGAUUCGGUUGCGCGGGAUGGGAUCUUGGAGUCGAAACCGGGCGAUGAUGUCUCGAAGGAGUUGAGUGCACCCCAGAAUGAGGUCCUGAUAGGUGCAUGUUUGCAAGGAAGAGCCCAAGGGGACGGCCGGAAUCGUGAAACGGAAACUAAAGGCCAGUUGGAAUUACAUGCCACCAAUCUAAAGGAAAGCAGUGAAGCAAAACGAAAAGUUGGAAAGCGCAACACAAAGUCAGAGAAAGAACUGCUAGGAUUUACUUUAAAAUAUCAAAAAGUUAUAGCAGAGAGAGAUGCAGCUGUUGCUGUUCGUGAGCGGCUUGAGUCUCUUUGUAGGGAGCUGCAGCGUCAGAAUAAAAUGCUUAUGGAUGAAUGCCAAAGAGUAUCUACAGAAGGACAGAAUAUGAGACUAGAUUUGUCUACAAAGUUUAAUGAUGCAAUCAAGGACAUAAGCAGUAAGCUUGAAGUGCAAAAAGAUGAAUGCCUUUCUCAGCUCAAGGAAAAUGAGAUGCUGAGAAAUAAGUUAAAACUUCUUGCUGACCAGUACUCUCUCUCUGAGCAACAUUUUGCACAAAAGUUACAGCAGAAGACGCUAGAACUUCAGCUUGCUGAUUUGAAACUUAAGCAACAGGAAGAGAAGUCUGCUAAGGAAGAAACCCAGAUGCAACUGUACGCCGAACAAGUUUCACAACUAAUGGCCACGGAGAAGAGUUUGCGUCUACAGUUAGCAGCUGAUGAAGAAAGAUUUCAGCAAUUCCAGGAUGCUUUGUCAAAAAGUAACGAGGUCUUUGAAGCAUUUAAGCAGGAGAUGGAAAAGAUGACAAAAUUGAUAAAGGAACUUAAGAAAGAAAAUGAAUUUUUAAAGAGCAAAUGCGAGAAGUCAGAUAUUGCACUGGUGAAGCUCAUUGAGGAGCGCGAGUCAAUGAAGAAACAGCUGGAAAAAGUGAAGAACCAGAAAGAAAAGCUUGAAUCUCUAUGCAGGUCGCUGCAGGCAGAGAGGAAGCACAACUUGGCUAAGACCAUCUCAGAUCCUGUUGCCGUGCAGCUGACUCCAUCAAAGGAAGAAGACUCGUAACGAGUGAUAUCACAUUUUGGCUGUUACCACUUGCAAACACCAGUGCUUAAGAUCACUGAUGCAACAGUUUUUGCAUAACAUAAGAAGAGCAGAAUAUUCAUUUUCCGUUUCCUUGAAUUAUUACAGCUAUUUCAGAAUAAAUCACAAGCCAUGCAGAUUUGUUGCUUCUCUUCUCAUCCUCAUCCUCAUCCUCGGAUGAAGCUAAAAGUCUGGAGGAGGUUGGGUCAGAUAUCUUCACGAACUCUUCAUUGUUACGGUUCCUCUUUUCCUUCCUACUCUGUAAUUGCCAGGAGAUACAUGUAUUAAUUGCAUCUCUGUCAAUAUCUCUAUCAGUUGUUUGUGGCACUGUCACCAAAUACGUAGCUGUGUCCAGCCAAGACAAAACUGAUGAUACCAGCUAAAAUGACACUCACAUGGGCUUGUCUUGUCUGCAAUUACUUCCACCCAAAAGUGUCCACCCCCUACCUACUAUUGCUUCUUAACAGGUGUCGCCAUUGCCACCCAGCUCUGUGCUGGCCAAACUGUGACAGGCCAAUCCCUGGACUGCUCUACAUAAGUGACACAAGACUGCUGCUGCUCUCUGCCUACUUUUCUCGGCAGCAGGAGUCUCGUAUGGGCCACAGGUACCGCAUCGCCAUCCUCGUCGCCUCAUUAGCCGUCGUGCUCGUCGCUGUGCGUUGCAGAGAGACUAGCACUACGGGGUUGUAUGAUGCCGACUACAGGGGACCGGAGACGCACGCUUCCUUGCCUCCUCCGGAGCUACCCCGGACAGAUCCCAAAAACUCGCCGUCGAGGAGAAGAGACGGCGGUAGAACUCGAAUACCAGUUCAUGGAUAGGAAAACGGAGGAUGUGUUACAAUAAGACGGCUGGGUUGUGGCUAUCGAACGUGAUGAUGAUGUAUCUGAUGCCACUCGGAUUUGAUGAUAUUGAAAGAAUACAUACUGAAGGAUUCUAAUGAUCUGCCGAGAAACAUUCGACAUGCUUAUAGCAAUUCUGGUCUGAGAAUCGAUCAAGUUUAGUAUAAACCAGUUAGCCAAUUCGUCAAUAAACAAAAUCUACGAAAUAAAGUGUUCAUCAUCAAUAUCUUCUUUUU